GUGCGAGUGUACAUCUGUGCGUGGGGUUUCUGCGUGUUCUCCCAGAUGGUUAUCAUCUGACCGCAUUUUAUGUCAGAUAUAAUUCGCCGCUGCAGAAUUAGCUCGUAAAAUGAUUUUAAAAGAUGGCAGAAGCGUUUCCGAAGCUGGAGCCCUCGCAGCUGUUCUUCGUUAUCCAGACCCGGACCUUGUCGAGACAGAUGCCAGUACGGCGGAACCUGUGAGUACCCCAGGAACCACUUCUUCUUGGGACGAGACGUACAACGCCCAUUCCGCAGCACAGGUCCAGAGUGUGGUGGAUGCAGUGGACCACUUUCUGUACGAAGAUGGCGACCAUUCGUCCCUGGACGCUGCGGGCGACCUUUUAGAAGAGUGUCGCUUUUGGAAAACACAAUUCGCUCAUCUUCGAAUUGUGGGUAGACAAGUGAUGCCGUCUGCGACUGCACUCGGCGAAGGACUGUCGGACGAUGGGUCUGAUGCUGGUAAAAGCGGAGGUAAAAAAUACGACUCGGCCGAGGAAGAGAUGGUAGAAAAAGUGGUGGAAAAGCUGUGCCAGCUCUUCUGGCCCGAGGUAGAACAAUGGACCAAGCUGUCUAGAGACAGAUCGACCAGUUGCCCGAGACGCGGCAUGCAAACCGGUCCGGCUGCGCUGCUUUCCAAACAUCGGCCACGUAUGGCGUGCAGCAAGUUGACAAGCAGGACUGAUUCCCGAAGUGGAACGUCUUCUUCGUCUUGCCAGGGGAAAGGCUCCAGGCUCCCUCCCAUUGGUUACGCCAAUGGCCAGAUCCGCCUGGACGGACUCCCAUUGAGCAUUGCGCCUGCGCCACGAACAAAGAAGAAUGGGACGGCUAGUUCGUGAUCACAGAGUGUAAGUCGUGGUUGAGGUUGCGGUGCGUUCUUUAUCCGCAAGAAAAAGUCUGAAAAAGUGAAAUUAAAGGAUUUGUAAAUAUG